GAAAAAGCAGCAGAGGUAAUUGCUGCUCUGAAAGGGUGGCGGGUCGCCACUCAGGACAGGGAGGGUCAACAUGAGGGGCCACUAACUGGAGCCGCCCAGGGCAGCCUGCCGCCUCGGUCCGCCUCUGAUCAACUUUGUUUUUAUUGAUCUCCGGUUUCAUGUCGUCAUAAGGAUCGAUGAGAAGCCAGGGACUCUGAUUGGACCUCCUGCAGCGAGCAGCCAUUGAACGGGUUAAUGCGCUCUGACGCAGGAUGGGUCAACAGGAGGCUGCGGGCUGCAGGUGGGCGUCCUGAGCAGCAGAGGAGCCCUGACGGCCGGAGCAGCAGCAGCUCUUCCUCCUGCAGACCCAGCCUCCGCUUCCCGGAUCCGCGCCGAGCCUCCGGGCAUGCCGCCCCGCCGCGCCGCUGAUCGGGACGCCGGGCAGCAGCCGCCGCGCGGUCCACCGAGCUGAGGAAGCCCGGGGAGAUGAGCGUGACCGGGAGCCGGAGACCCGCCAGCCUCCCGGUGCCAACUCCGAGCCGAUCUGGAGUGGCGUUGCUGUGCAGCGGCGAGAGCGGCGACAGCUUCGACGUCUGCCUGCGGCUGAGCAGAGACGCUCUGACCAUCCAGAAGCUGGACGUGGUCUGCACCGACGGCUCUGAGCCCAAAGCCAACAGCCGUAGUCCUGAGACGACAGGCGGCCGGCGGUUUAGGCCUCAGCAUCAAGGGCGGAGCGGAGCACAACGUGCCCGUCGUCAUUUCAAAGAUCUUCAAGGACCAAGUCGCCGAUCAGACGGGGAAACUGUUCGUCGGGGACGCCGUGCUGAAGGGGUCUUCAACCUGCGGCUCCGGACCCACAAGUGGUCCGUCAGACCUUCCACAGUUAACGGCAUUAACGUGGAGCAUUGCACGCACCAGGAAGUGGUUCACCUGCUGAGAACUGCGGGCGAUGAGGUCACCAUCACCGUCCGCUACCUGAGCGAAGUCCCGUCCUUCCUGAAGCUGCCACUCGGUUCUCCUGGGCUGGACCAGAACCGGGUCUCCUCUCCGCUCUUCAACAGUGGCUUCCAUCUGAACGGGAACAACACGGCUCCGCCCCCUUCGCCCUCAGCAAAUGAGCCAAAGUAUGAGAAGCGCUGGCUGGACGCCGUCUGCCUGCCGCUGCAGAUGGCCAGAGUCUCCAGACAACGAGCCGGGAGCGAUAAGCUGAGGUCCAACUGCUUCGAGCUGUUCUCCCCGGAUGCGUCCAGCUGCAGCGUCCUGCAGUUCUGCUCGGCAGCAGAAAGUUCAGACUGGCUGCAGGCCAUCGCUGCGAACAUCGGCGAGCUGACGCAGGAGAGCAUUAAAAUGCUGAAUAAAUCGUCUUCUUCUGAUGAUCAGAUCGUCCACAUGGGCUGGGUGUGUGAGGCUCCAGAGAACAGCGCCCCCUGCAGGAGUUCGGCCUUCAGGUUCCUGGCACUGAGAGGGCCAUAUUUUUAUAUCUUCAGACGGCCGCCGGUCGGCGCCACCGACUGGGGAAAACCCGAAACUACGUACAACCUCUAUGAGGUUCUAUUUAAGGUUCAUAAGCUGUGGCUGGCUGAGGACUGCUGGCUGCAGGCGCGGCUCUUCCUGGGUCUGCACGGUUCCCCGGAGCAGCCGGGUGGCGACCCGCUCUGCUUCAGCAUCCUGGUGGGCCACGGCCAGAGCCACACCUUCAGGGUGGAGCUGGCCUCAGACCUGGCAACCUGGGACAAGUCAUUCCAGAGGGCCGUGUUCCUGGAGGUGCAGCGCGUCGGGUCUAAAAGCUACAUGUGCAGCAGCCAGGGGAGCGUUGUCAGCUUCACGCUGGAUUUUGGAUCCGGGUUUAGCUGCUCAGACGUGACUUCAAAGGCUGUUCUGUGGAGAUACAAGUUCUCUCAGCUGAAAGGCUCAUCUGACGACGGAAAAACCCGAGUCAAGCUGCUCUUUAAAAACGCUGACAGCAACCAAAUAGAAAUGAAGGAACUGGAGUUUGCCAACCUGACGGCGGUCCUCCACUGCAUCCACUCCUUCAUCGCUGCCAAGGUGGCGUCCCUGGAGCCCGGCUUCCUGUGCGGCCAGAGCCUCGCCACGCACAUCAGCAGCUAGACUUCCUGUUCCUGUAGCUCACCAGACACGUUCCUGUUCCUGGAUGUUUUUCUAUAAAUGCUCACAGUUUUUAUUCAGGUUGGAACAUGAUGGUGAAUAUUUUCAGUUUGGGUCGGAGAGCACUUCCUGUUACAGCAGCGAGGGAUAAAGAUUCAGAAACAAAACUAAUUAUUGGGUCAUAUCAUGAAAUAUCUUAAUAAAAUCAUAACUAGGGAGCAAAUAAUAGAACAUUAAUAUUGAUUUGAUGCUGAUUCAUCAGUAAAAUUCAGACUUUUUAAAUAGAAACUGGUCUAAUGUUGGUGAUUAUUACGUCAUAAACUAAUCAUUCUGAUUUAUUAUUUAAUAAUACAUAAAUUAUUAACAUCUAGCUGCAGGUUAUUACUGCCAGGUAAUUACAGUGUAAUAAUUGUCAUAAUAAAUGAUUUGAUUAAUAUCAGUAAACUAAAAGCUGUAACAGGAAGUGGCUGAUUUAUUUGUUCUUUAGAUUUUAAAACAAACAUUUUAAUUGUUUUUCCAAACAUUUAGAUUAAUUCAUCAUAAAGACUUUAUCAGCUGAAAGAGUUUAUUUCAUUGGAAGCAACAAAAGGCAGCGCUGACAGGAACGUGCUGCCGCCGGUGCAGAGCAAAGCUGACGCUCCGCGUCGGGAUCAAAUGGGAACUUUCUGGACCGGAAACAUCAGUUCCAGCUAAGAAGGUCAUAUUUUGGUCAUAUUUUCUGAAAUAUUUCAUGUUGCUGAACUCCUGGGACUGAUUUGGGUCAGACGGAACCAGCUGGAUCCGCCUCAACUAGAACUCUCUGAUGGUUCUGCAUUUCGUCCUUCGUCUGGCUGGGAGACAAAACGGGAAUCCGUCUCCAUUUCUUCCUGUUUGUGUUUUUAGCUGAAAUGUUUCUGUCUGAUCUGAUCGACUCUUUUUCUACGUUGUUCCAUCCAGCAGAUUAUUAAACACUUUUAUAAUAAAUUUCACUGUGUUCAGUUUUUGUUGCUUCAUUAAUAUUCAAGGCUUCACCAAUGAAUCACAUAUUUUCUGCUGUUUCAAUAAAGAAAACCAACUUUACAGAC